AUGUCCAAAAUCAUGUGGAAGAAUUUAUGCUUUCCCAAUUUCAUCAAAUGCCUACCCACAAUCCAAGCUCCACCUGAUCAACCCUCUAACCAAAACUCACCACCCCCUCCCUCCACCACCACCACAUGUACAUCUCUCCUCAUCAAAAACUUCAACACCCUCUAUGACUUCAACUUGAUCAACUCCUCCUCCACCAAGUCCCUCACACCCUCCUCCUCCUCCUCCUCCGCCGACGAAGUCCACACUUCCUCCUCUGAUUCAGACUCCGACCUCUCUCCUCCCGAUUUCGCCACCAUCUUCGCCUCCCAACGCUUCUUCUUCUCCUCUCCGGGCCGCUCCAACUCCAUCACCGAGUCUCCACACACAACCACCACCAAACCCAACAAGCCUCAUCACAAAACAACGUUGGUCACCAAAGGCGUGCGCGUUCGCAAGUUCUCCUCAAACCCUUACUUGGACUUCAGGCGCUCCAUGGAGGAAAUGCUUGAAGCUAAUAGAGAUCAUCACAUGUUGGUGUGCCAUGAUCAUCAUCAUCAUCAUAGCAUAAGUGAUGACGUGGAGUAUCUACAUGAGCUGCUUUUGUGCUACCUCUCACUCAAUCCCAAACAUGCCCACAAGGACAUUAUCAGCGCCUUCACUGACCUUGUCAUCUGCGUGCUGUCUGCUAACUCGUCAGCGCCAGCUUUAGCCGCCGAUGACCGUUGA